GGAAGAGGCGAACGAAAGGGUCCACUUUCGUCAAAAUUUGUCCAAGCGGUAAUAAGCAGACCGCCUGCAUUUCCGAUUUUGGGACAACGCCUCCAAUUGUAGGGGCGGAAACAAGACCAUCUCGUCAUUAUUAUUAUACAGUGUAGCUAACGGAAAACUACGGCACGUGGGGGCGGGUUACCGAACAUUCUUUUUGUGUAACACUGAUGGUACAUAAGCAGGUAGUAUGAUAACUUGCAGGUCAAUGUUGCGGUGGGUUACCGGGAGUUUAGGGCAUAUUAGUCUGCAUGUUAAUUACGAGUAGAUCGGGGCAUUUCAUCUUGUGAUAUGUCAGGCAGUUAUUGAAUGAGAUGUCUGAUGCCUACCGUCUAGAUAGCGCACGUCGUAGACUUAAGCUACUUGCAAUACAAUUGUGUUUCAUAAGGAAUUUAGUUGUUGGGAUUGUCUUUAAUUGACUUAGACAUAUCUUAGUCGUGUGUCUUAUCAAUGUCUUGCUCUAUGCUUUGUCAUAAUAUGCAGAAUAACGGUUCUGAAAGACAGGUUCUCUCUCGUCACAUUUAGCGUAUGUGUAAAUUUGAGUGAUAUUAUCUGUUUAGUAAUAGUAGCAUAAUAGCCCAUAGCGUAAUUGAAAUUGUUUGGUGGGAGUUAAAGACUACUAGUUUACACGUUAAAAUGGGAGUGGGGUCCGAAAAUGCAGCAUCCACCACCAAACUAUCCAUUCGCCAUGGGGUUUACAAAGAGGAGACGAAUAUCGAUCUGAAAGCACCCUUAAACGUAGAGGGUAUGUUACCAAAGAAAGUGGGGCACAUGACUGCAGAAAGAGCCAUCUGGGGCCGCCGCCUUGAGUUUGUCCUUGCAUCCGUGGGGUACGCGGUUGGACUUGGGAACGUGUGGCGGUUUCCAUACCUCUGCUACAGGAGCGGUGGAGGUGCCUUCCUCAUUCCUUACUUUCUCAUGCUGUUUCUGUGUGGAAUCCCCCUGCUCUUCAUGGAGUUUGCCAUUGGGCAGUACACCCGACUGGGACCAGUGCACGCUCUAGCCAAAAUCUGCCCCUUGUUCAAAGGUGUGGGCAUUGCCACGGUCGUGAUCUCCUUUGUGCUCUGCACCUACUACAACGUUCUCAUGAGCUGGGCGCUCUACUACUUCUUCAACUCAUUCCGAGCCCCCUUCCCCUGGCAGUCCUGCAACAACACCUGGAAUGCUGUCGGUAACUGCUCCAUCGGUUUCCCUGGCAACACCACCCACUUGCAUUCGGCCAGUCAGCAAUACUUUGAUCACAGGCUUCUGGAGAUAACCAAUGGUAUUGAGGAGGCAGGAGGACUACGCUGGGAGCUGUUUGGCAUCCUUAUCCUGGCCUGGGUCAUUGUUUACUUGUGCAUCUUCAAAGGUGUCAAAUCCACUGGCAAGGUUGUUUAUUUCACCGCCACGUUCCCAUACUUCAUGCUGUUUGUCUUGCUCAUCAAUAAUGUCCAGCUUCCUGGAGCCAAGAAUGGGAUGCUUUACUUCCUGAAGCCUAAGUGGAGCAAGCUGCUUGACGUUCAGGUGUGGGUUAACGCUGCAGCCCAGGUAUUCAACUCCAUUGGAAUAGGAUUUGGUACCAUGAUCUCCAUGGCCAGUUACAACAAGUUCAACAAUAACAUCCUCAGGGACACAUUGAUUGUCUCCUUAGCUAACUCAGCCACCAGUAUCCUGGCUGGUUUUGUGAUAUUCUCAGCCAUUGGCUACAUGGCUCAUGUCCACAACCUCCCAGUAGACGACAUCGCCACAGAUGGUCCUGGGCUGGUGUUUGUGGUGUAUCCAGAGGUCUUCUCCACUAUGCCUCUGCCCCAGUUGUGGGCUCCUCUGUUCUUCUUCAUGCUUCUCUGCCUGGGACUGGACAGUCAGUUUGCUAUGGUGGAGGUGGCGGUGACGUCCAUAAUGGACGGCUGUGGCCCCAAGGUGCUGCGUGUCCUGAAGAGACAGGAGGUCAUCGUUCUGGCUGUCUGUGUUAUCGGCUUUCUUCUAGGCAUUCCUCACAUCACUAAGGGGGGAAUGUACGUGUUCCAGCUGAUGGACCACUACACUGCUGUGGUGUCUCUCAUGUUCCUGGCCUUCUUUGAGGUCCUCGCUGUCUGCUGGGUUUUUGGACAGCGGCGGAUGACCAUCGUGAUCAAGAGGAUGUUGGGAAAGGCUCCCAACAUCUAUUUCCGCUCCUGCUGGAUGUUCUUCUCCCCUGUGCUGGUCCUGUGCAUUCUGAUCUCCAGCAUCGUCCAGUACACGCCCGCUCGCUAUGGGAAGUCCUACACAUACCCUGUCUGGGCAGAGGUGGUGGGCUGGGGAAUCUCCCUGGUCUCCAUCGUGUGGAUCCCCCUGGGAGCCCUGCACGAGAUCUGCAGAAAUAAGGGCACACUGAUGCAGAGGAUAAAAACAGCCAUGACUCCUACAAUAGAGUUGGACCCUGUCAACCAUCUACCAGAGAAGCAGAGAGUGGACAUACCGGAGUCUGUUGUCUUUAUCACUCCUCUGUGAACAGGGACAAAAGCACUGUGUCUAGGUUUGUGAGUCACGGUGACUGUGUGAGUGCUCUAUUAGGAUAGGGAGGUGGGGAGGUUGUUCGGUAGUUUAUGUAAAUAACUUUUUCAAGUAUUUACCCUAAUAUUUAUUCUAUGAACUGAUAACAUGACACCUUACCUAUAGUGAAAUAGACAGGGUAAACAGUCAAGGUAAAACCAUUAGUUAUGGACCUCAAAGAUGUCCUUCAAGUGCCAUGACAUGUCCUUGUUCUGAAGCCCUUUAUUGCCUUACAGGUACUGGAUACCCACGUGCUUACACACACUUUUUAUACUACAAGAAUUACAGGGUAGCCUACUCUGACACUUACAAACAUAUUAAUAAAAACGAUGAUGUCUGAUUCAUAUAAUUGGACAACGAAAAGGGGAGACACCAAUACAAUAUGACGUCCAUCUAACCUGGAGGAGGAAAUGAUUGUCCAAAAACAAAAAGUGGCGCAGACCCAAUGACAACGACAGUGAAAAUGCACACUCACCUGGGAUAUGGCCGAUGUUCUCCGCUGGUUCCAAUAAGAUGGGCUACAGGUUGGAGGCUGUGCAAUUUAAAACAAUCAACAGCUUUUUUUUAAUAAGCUAUUGAUCCUCUGUGGCCAAAUCAUGCUUUCUGGUGUAGCCUAUUUUGAAUAAUUGUAUAAUUUUUUGUAUUGACAGGAUCAAGCUAAUUAGGCUAUAUCAUUUUGUCAAUUUGAAUGAAAUGUACUUUAGGGAAAGCUUAGCUUCCCAUAGCCAAACACAAUGUUUUCAUCUGAUUGUCAAACAAUCACUUAUUAAGAGGCGCUCUUGUAGGCUACACAGAGGCGCUCUUGUAGGCUACACAGAGGCGCUCUUGUAGGCUACACAGAGGCGCUCUUGUAGGCUACACAGAGGCGCUCUUGUAGGCUACACAGAGGCGCUCUUGUAGGCUACACAGAGGCGCUCUUGUAGGCUACACAGUGGCGCUCUUGUAGGCUACACAGAGGCGCUCUUGUAGGCUACACAGAGGCGCUCUUGUAGGCUACACAGAGGCGCUCUUGUAGGCUACACAGAGGCGCUCUUGUAGGCUACACAGAGGCGCUCUUGUAGGCUACACAGAGGCGCUCUUGUAGGCUACACGCGCACGCACAUUCAUCCAAUCCAAACCCCAACAGUGCAACCGCAAUUCGAUGAAUGGAAAGAGACAUCUGUUAUAAAACAUCUAGGUGUAUUGUAAUGACAUUCUGUGAUUGCCAUUAGGCCUACACUUGUAGCCUGAAUUGAUGCAUCCACUGUUGUCCACGCGCGCCUCUGUGUCCGCCACUCAUCUCCGCCUUUUCCGUGUGCGUCUCCGCCACUCAUCUCCGCCUUUACAAAGUGGAGGCUAAGUGUUCUCCUCAAACUACAAUGCAAUUUGGCGCAUAUACCACCCAAUUUCAAGUCCAUUUGCAAAUUGUUCAUGCUGCUGACAUGCAGUAAUGUUAAAUAAUGGUGUAAUAGGCUCACGUUUUACCACCUUACUUUCACCCCUGAUUAUGAUAUGGUAAAACAUCAUAUUCAUCAUGCCACAAGACUAUGAACUACGGAGAACAACUCGUCCCUCUGGUAAUCUCUUCAACCAGCUCUUCUCCCCGCUGGACCUAACAUAUUGUGUCUCCCAACAUAAACUGACAAACAAUUUUCACCAAAUGUAAAAACCAAUGUAGCCAAUACACACACAAGCGAUAGCGGCAUAUUUCAUAUCAUCCACAAAAUGACACACUGAUCAACUCAGCUCAGCCUUAGACCGAUGAAGCAUCCACAGUUACAACCAAUAGGUGGCCGCUCAAUGCAACAAAUGAUGGCUAGGCAAAUCAGCGAGAAAACAAACCUUUUCCCAGACUGAUUUCAUGGACUAAGGUCCACAUUGAAUCAACAUCUUCACCUUGUGGCCAAGGUUUUUACUCACCGUGAGGUCAGAUGGGGCUCAGGUGAAUAUUGAUCAACAAAGUAAAAAUCUGUUGUUCUGCCCCUGAACAAGGCAGUUAACCCACUGUCCCCCGGGAAGGCCAUCAUUGUAAAUAAGAAUUUGUUCUUAAAACUGACUUGCCUAGUUAAAUAAAGGUAAAAAAUAUAUAUGCAAUUAGAUGUAUAGAGGAGAGGUUAACUGUGAGGAGGGAAACCACUGCAGUGCUGCUAUGACAUCCGUUAGUGGGGAGAGUCCAAUGUUCUGACGGUGGUUAGUGGGGAGUGUCCAAUGUUCUGACAUCAUUCAUCAGCAGUUUUUACACUUGAAUGGACUUUGAAGUUUUGGGGUUCUGGUUGGAGUUUUCUAUUUUACUUGCUCUGCCACAGUUUGUGCCUCAGUUGUGUGUCUUCGUGUUUGUUACAUCAAUGACAUUGGAUCUCAGCUUUACAAGGAGUGCCUUUUGUCAUUAAAAGAUCCAAUGACAUUACACUAUGGGACUGAAAGGCUCAAAGAAAUAAAUAUGAUUAGACAUGAUUUAGAUGGUCAAAUGUAUGAAAUAAAUAUUAUUAGACAUGAUUUAGAUGGUCAAAUGUAUGAAAUAAAUAUGAUUCGACAUGAUUUAGAUGGUCAAAUGUAUGAAAUAAAUACAAUGGGCUAUUUUGAGGUGUGAAGUGAAGAUACGUUUGCCACCUGCCACAAGUGCCAUGUAUCAAAAAUAUUGAUUUUGGGUUGUCAAUAUUUGAUGAAAAUACCAAAAAUAUAUCAUAGAGAUUAUCACCAACCCAUCUUAAGGAUCAUUAAAAAAUUCACACAAUUAUCAUUUAGUGUUAAUUCUCUUUUGAUAUAAAACAAGAUCAAAUUCCCAUUUAGUUAGCUGUUUUAGAUGCAUUUUGUGUCUGUCAAACAGCAUUUAGUUUUGACUAAUUAGUUUAUGAUGACAAUUGUCUAUUUCUACCAUUGCACAAACCAGAAUAAGAGGUUAAAUCAUGUAAUCAUGCCUAAUACACUUUUGUUAUUCUAUGCAAUUGUAUGGUUGUGUCACAAAAUGCGGGGUUAUUGCUGCUGGUUGUUUUUUAUUCAUUGUUCUCAUACCAAAUAUUUUACAUUUUAUUUAUUUUCAAAUGUUUUUUGUUGUAUCAAACAAAAUGGUAUAUGAAAUAACAAAGACACUGUUACUAUUUCUCCAUUAAGUUCUCCAUGGUGGUACUACUUUAAUGGUAGAAAUGUUUAUGCUCAUAUUACGCUUUUAAAAUAGCAACUUUCUCCUUUUUAAAAUUGAUUUAGCAUAAAAUAAUGAUUUAUCUCUUUUUAUUUACAUGUAUCCUGUUUAAAGUGUACUUUCUGUUGGACUUAUUUUUGAUCUGAAACGUUGAAAAAGAAAAUGAGAUUGAUAAUACCUGUUUAUCACGCAGAGAUAUUUGUGUCAAAUAAAGAACAUUAUU